GUUGUAAUUCAUCCUACAAGGCACAUCAGAAAACAAGUAAAGAUCAACCAGAGGCUUACAGAGAACCAAGCAAUUUGCAGUUCGUAAAAAUUUAAAAAUGAAGAACCAGAUUCCAGGACAAGUUAUUGGAAUUCCGAUCAGCUCAACAGUAUAUCCAGCUGAGAUGCCUCGGGAAGGAUCUUUAUGUAUCGCUUGCAAUCAAUAUUAUGCAUCUCCAAAAUUUAGACAGAGCACGAUAGAGUUAAUGAAGGAUGGGAUAAACAAACUUGGUAUGAAAGUGGAGAAUUUUGCUCAAGGCAUUCGGGAUCAUGUGAAAAUUGGACCUAAGUUGAGUGAAACAGUGAGGGGAAAGUUAAGGUUGGGAGCUAAAAUUCUCCGAGUAGGGGGUGUCAGGAAAGUGUUCAAACAAAACUUCAGUAUCAGAUCAGGAGAAAAGCUAUUGAAGGCUUCACAAUGCUAUUUAUCUACAACUGCUGGUCCAAUAGCCGGAUUACUAUUUAUCUCAACCGAUAGAAUUGCAUUCUGCAGUGAAAGAUCAAUCAAGGUCUCUACUUCAACAGGGGAUUUAAUUCGGAUUCAUUACAAGGUUUCAGUUCCGUUGAACAAGAUAAAAAGAGCAAACGAAAGUGAAAAUGUCCAAGAUCCAUCAAGAAAGUAUAUAGAUAUAGUUACAGAGGAUGACUAUGAGUUUUGGUUCAUGGGAUUUCUUAACCAUCAGAGAACUUACAAGUUUCUUCAGCUAGCAGUGUAUGAAUCUCAAUGACCACGACACGAACGUUCAUUCUUCCCAUGUUUCAUAAAUAGCAUUCCAUCAUGUAAAAUACAUUUCCAUCUGUUUGAUGCAGUAAAUAAACUGGCAAUGUUAUCUUGCAAAGAUUAUUUCAGUCAGCACUGAACUCAGAUCAGAGCCGGCUAUUAACAUGUGCAAGUGGAGCAUUUGCACAGGGCCUCAAAUUUCAAGGGGCCCAAAUUUCAUAAACUCCUAUGUAUAUGGGUCAUGUUCUAGAGAGAACCAUUAGAGAGAUAACCAUAGAACCCUUGGCAGGGUUCUGCAGCAGAACUUAAGUAUGAGUUAGGGUUCUGCAGCAGAACUUCACAUGCAAAAAAUGUCAAUAUCUAUGUAUUAGAUUUUAAAAUUAUUUUUUAACACACA